AUGUUAGUGCUGGACCCAGACUCCUUCCUGAAGUCUGCGCGUCUCCAGCGCCUGCCCUCGUCCUCCUCCGAGAUGGGCAGCCAGGAUGUGUCCCCUCUCCGGGAGACCAGCAAGGACCCUUUCUCUGGGGACUGCAGCUGCUGGCAGGAUGGGCUGACGGUCAUCAUCACUGCCUGCCUCACCUUCGCCAUGGGAGUCACGGUGGCCUUGAUCAUGCAGAUCUAUUUUGGGGACCCUCAGGUAAGACAAAAGGGUGGGGUGAUGCUGGUCCAUGACAUCCGCAAGAACAGGAGCUGGGUGAUCGACUUCCGCGAGGCGGCUCCCCUGGGCAUCCCGCUGGAGGUGGAUCUGCAGGACCACAGCAGGCCAGGUCUGCUCGUGGGGGUGCCAGGCAUGAUUCAAGGAAUGCACCAGGCACACCAGCUACACGGGAGGCUCCCGUGGUCCGAGCUGCUGGGCCUUGCAGCUGCUGUUGCCCAGGAGGGGUUUAAUGUCACACAUGAUUUGGCCAAAGCCAUAAGUGAACUGAAGGACCUGAAGUACUCGGACAGAUUUCAGGAGAUCUUCCUGCCAGGUGGGCAGCCCCUGCUGCCUGGCAUGUUCAUCAGGCGCCCGGAUCUCGCGGCCCUCCUGGAGCUGGUGGGGGCAGAAGGAACAUCAGCUUUCUACAGUGGCAACUUGACUCAGGAGAUGAUCUCUGAGGUCCACAGCUAUGGGGGAGUCUUGGUGGAGGAAGACUUCAGCAAUUACAGUGCCAGGGUGGAGGAUCCUGUCCACACAGUCUAUCAAGGUCAUCUUGUAUUCAGUCCCCCACCUCCACAUGCAGGUCCUGCUCUGAUCACAGCCCUGAACAUCCUCGAGGGCUUUAACAUCACAAGUCAAGUGUCCAGGGGGAAUGUCUUGCACUGGAUGGCAGAGACAUUAAAAAUAGCCCUGACUCUAGCUGGCCACCUGGGAGACCCCUCUGAUGAUGUGUCCAUCACUCAUGCUGCAGAAGACAUGGUGAGUAAAGCAGAAGCCAAUGUCCUGCGCCAGCUGAUUAAUGACUCCCAGUCCUUCUCCGACCUCCACAUGCCUCACUUCUCUCCUGAGAGUGAACCUGCUGCCAGCCAGGUCCUUGUCAUGGGACCCGAUGACUUCAUUGUUGCCGUUGUGAGUUCUCUGAAUCGUCCCUUUGGCAGUGGAAUAAUAACACCCUCUGGAGUCCUCCUGAACAGCCAGAUGUUGGACUUCUCCUGGCAAAAUAAAACAAUGAACAACUCCAUUCCCAGGCUGCAAAAUCUCCUUCAGCCUCAGAAGCGGCCGCUGUCGUUCCUGCUGCCCACCAUCGUGCGCCCCUCGCAGGGCAUGUGUGGGACUUACCUGUGUCUGGGAGCCAACAAUGGGGACAGAGCCCUGAGCAGCCUCGUGCAGGUUUUGGUAAAUGUUUUAACAUUCAACAAGAAUCUGAGUGAAAGUUUGUCACUUGGUCGACUUCACCCACAGCUUCAGUCCCACACCUUGCAGGUUGACAGUGAGUUCCCUGAAGAAGAUGUUGAAUUUCUAGUAGCCAGGGGCCAUCGAGUGGAUAGAGUCAAGGUGGUCUCCUUAGUGCAUGGGGCCAGGAGAACCAACAGCUUCAUCAUUGGCCUGAAGGACCCCAGGAGCACAGAUACUGCUGGAGCCACAAUAUUGUAG